CGGGCGAAGACGGAACGGUUGUUGGUGUUUGUUGGAUAUUUGGUCGUCUUGGGCGUUGAUCACUCUCAUCACAUUACAAUUGCCCAACAUUUGUGUUUAUUUAAUACAAAGUUUUUAAAUUACAAACUGAUUUACAUUGAACGAUUACAGUGAACGAAUUGGAGUAGUGAGCUGUAUGUAAGCAUUUUAACAAAUUUUGUGAUUCUGAUACAAAACUACAGAGACAAUGAAGAAUAGAAGUUUGGCCGGUAAUUGUGGCAUUGGCGUGUUUGUCAUUGCCCUUGUUACGGUGGCAUUGGCAUUCGGUACGCCCAGCUGGUUGGUCAGCGACUCCAGAAUAAGAGGCGCCAAAUUGGAUAGAUUAGGAUUAUGGAGCCACUGCUUCCGGUCUCUGCCCGAUCCUCUGGAUCAGUACCAAAGAAGAUUUUUCGUAGGAUGUCGUUGGGUGUACGAUCCCUUCACGACUGGAUACGAUAAGAUCCGUGGUUAUUUACUUCCCGGUUUCAUGAUAGCUACACAGUUUUUCUUUACGUUAUGUUUACUGGGAGUUUUGAUAUCUACAGUAUUAGUACUGAUGUACUUCUUGUGUUGGGGACCUGACCAAAAAAGAUAUGUGACGUUGAUAAAAAGCAUUGGAUACAUUAUGCUAGGAUCAGGUAUUUGUGGAGUAAUUGCUGUUAUUGUUUUUGCCUCCUUGGGAAACACAGACGGAUGGAUGCCAGACCAUCCCAACAAUUAUUUAGGCUGGUCUUUCGGCUUGGGUGUCGUUGGUUCAGUGGCGUGCUUAGUGACUGCAGCCCUCUUUUUGACUGAAUCUAAUAUCCAAGCAAAGAAGCGCGAUAAAAUAAAAGAGUCUCAAGCAAGAUUUGAGUUAGAGUACGAAACUAAAGCAUAACAUUGACCGCACACAUCUAGUGUUAAUUAAGUAAUAAGUUUAGAUCUGAACAUAUAUGUUAGCUCCGUCCAAAAUAAUUUUACGACUAUAUAAAGUGGCUAUUCCUGUGAAUAGAUUUUUAUUACCAGUAAACACAUUUUUAUUAGAUAUAUUUUACAGAUUGACUUGAAUCAACGUAAUAUUAUGUACUUGUAAUAUUGUAGUUAUUUGUCUAGUUGAGUUGUAGUUGUAAGGACAAAUUUUGACAAAGCUAUGGAGUGUAUGGAAUAAAAGAUGAUUUAUGGUUGAUUUUUGCACUCGAAUGAUAGCCAGAAUGGUCUAUUAAUUAAACUGACUACCUCCACUUGUAAACUUUGACGAAACAUUCCGCUAUUCACACAAGCAAGCAGCGAACUCACUGCACGUAAAUAUUACAAUAAGUUAUACAUAUAUUAAUUACCAACUUUUUUCUCAAUAUUAAUAUGCCAAUUGUAGAACCACCUGUAUUUUAGGCUUUUAAAAAAAGAUAAUAUUGAAUUGAUAAUACUUUUGUAUUGUAUUCCAUAACUUUGUUAGUUAUAAGUAGAAAAAUUGCUUUUUUCUAAAGUAAUUUUGAUCAAGUGCCUUUGCAGAUGUUUCCUGCUUAAUUUUGAUAACAGUUUGGUUGGUUGCUUAUUUCAUAUUUAUAUUGUUUAUUUGAUAUUAAUUUACAAAGACAAGAUCAAUGUACCUUACGAUACCGUCCAGUUUAUACAAUUUUACAUCUAUUUUAUAAGUAAGUUCUCCAAGUUCAUUGUAAAAUUAGUGUAAGAAUUAUGUACUUUUGUAAUUUAAUUGAUUCAGUCUUAACUGCCUUAUUAUAACAUUAAAGUUAUUUUACAUAA